CACAAACAUGCUUUGGAUAAGAAUGAAGAUGAGUACUAUCAUCAUAUGAUCAACAGUGAAGUUAAGUUAGAUGGUCGACAUUUCGAGAAGAGAAGAAAGCAAGAAGAGGAUUCUGAAGUGCAGCAAAAAUUGAGCGAUAUCAAGGACCUGGAAUACGUAAAAUACAAAUUAUACGCGGAAAACAAGAAGAUUGCACAACUUAAAUCAGAACUACACUUUGCUGAUCCCAGUUGUGGACUCGCAGCUAGCAAACAUACGAUUUUUGUAGAGGAUGACAAGGAAGCGAAGUCAUUUGAUCCCGUUGAAUUCUUCGAUACAGACGAGUCUAUGAUCUCGCGAAAAUACAAUCGGCUCCGAAAAAACGAUUUAGCAAAUAAGAAAGUGAUAGGAGCUGAAUGUAAAGAAGCAGUGAAGAAUGCGGAUCGCCUGAGAAGGGUUCGUUAUUCUGAACUGAUGAAACGACAGCAGAGAGCCAAGGAAUUGGAGAUUGUGGUUGCUAAAUUGCAGCUCAAAAAGGAUCUGGCGCAGACAAAAAAUUCUGAACUGAAACCUGAAAUGGUGAAGCCAGGAAAGGUAGACCGUGCAGGAGUUUGGAAGUGGACAUACGAAAGAAAACGAUGA